AUGACUGAUCUGGGUUUGAUGAAGUUUUUCCUCGGUCUGAAGAUAAGAAAAGGAGAGACGAUAUAUACAAAGGAGAUUUUGAAGAAGUACAAGAUGGCAGAUUGCAACCCGGUAUCUACACUAAUGGAACCAGGUGCAAAACUCUCAAAGUUCGAUGGAGGAGAACGAGUCAACGCGAGAAAAUACCGGAGUUUGGUGAGAAGCCUUCGCUAUCUCACAUGCACAAGGCUAGACCUUUCGCUAAGUGUUGACAUUGUAAGUCGGUUCAUGGAGGAGUCGAUUUAUUCACAUUGGAAGACGUUAAAUAGAAUCCUACGGUAUAUCCGAGGAACUGUGUCACUCGGGUUAUUCUAUUCAAAUGUUGAACAUUACAAGUUGGUUGGGUACUUUGACAGCGAUUGGUGUGGAGACUUAGACGAUCGGAAAAGCACAUCAGGAUAUGUGUUCUUUAUCGGUGACACAACGUUUACUUGGCUUUCAAAGAAGCAACCGAUCGUGACGCUCAUGACAUGUGAAGCUGAAUAUGUGACAGCAUCUUGGUGUGUAUGUCAUGUGAUAUGGCUUAGUAAUUUGUUGGGCAAGUUGGAGCAACAACAACUCAGUGCGAUUGUGAUACGAGUUGAUAACAAAUUGGCAAUUGAGUUGGAAUAG